AUGACACAAGUAACAGAGCGUAGCAAAUCACACUAUUACUCUGAUGGAGAUAUCAUAAUAAUAGUGGAUAAAACAAUGUUUCUAUUACAUAAAACAAUAAUCGGACUCGCCUCAAAAGUAUUCCAAGAUAUGUUUUCAUGUGCAUCACCAUUCACAAAUGAAAUUCCGGAGAUAACGUUAGAAGACGAAUCACCGAUAAUAUUCGAAGAGCUUAUAUCAUAUAUAUAUCCGGAUACUUAUAUAAGUAUAAAUUGGAAUAAUGUAAGUGAAUUUUUAAGAAUAGCGGAUAAAUAUAUAAUGGAAUCAAUUUUAAUGGCAGCGAAAGCAUUUCUUGAGCGAGAGUUUAGAAAAAAUCCGUUACCGGCAUUAAGAAUGGCCGAACGAUAUGGAUUUAAAGAACUUUACAAAGAAUCAUCUAAAUUAAUUUUAGAAAGAUUUCCGGAAUAUAAAAGAUCACAGACAUUUAAUCAACUUUCAGUAACGACACGUACUGCACUGACAACAAAAUAUGAUGAAUAUACAAACGCAUUAAGUAAAUUAAGUAAAGUUUAUUUCACAACUGGGUAUCAGCAUUGCAAACAAUGUAAAUCUACAUCAGAACAUGAUCAAGAAAUUAGUGAAAAGUUUGAUCGUAGAGUUAGGCAACUUCAAAUUCUUCCAUUACCGUUACCCCCAACACAACCUUCUAUUACUAGAAAGAUAUUAUUCGAAGCCAUCGGAAACAAUAUGUGUGAUAAACAAUUUAUGGACUUUCAGCUUCCUAGAAAGUUUAAAAAACAUUUUGGGAGUUUUGAACCUUUAGAAUGUAAAAAGCAUAAAAAAGAUAAAAAAGAUCCAAAAUACUAUUUAUUUAUUGAAUUACCAUAA